AUGGAGCACCCCUUGGCUCCCUUGGAGGUGUUCCUAGACCUUAACUUCAAUGCAAGGGACGGGGAUGAGUUUCUCAUGUACAUCAUCCAAUGGACCAAGGAGAGGGAAGGGUUGCUACACCUGUGCUGCAAGGCGGUGAGGAUUUCUGAGGUGCCCUUCCAGAGGGUCAGGAGGGUCCUGGAUGGGGUGCAGCUGGACUGCAUCCAGGAGGUGGAAGUGAACUGCAUCUGGGACCUGCCCACCCUGGGGACGUUUGGUCUCUACCUGGGUCAGAUGAGUAACCUGCAGAGACUCUCUCUCUCCUACAUCGACGUGUUGGCUGAGGAGGAGGACCGGGAGGAGGAAGAGGAUUGGGACAGGAAACAGCAGGAGGAGCCGCGAUCCUUUUCCCAAUUCCUCUCUCAGAUGCUCAGGCUGCGGCACCUCCGGGACCUCAACAUGGAUUGUCCCUCCUUCCUCCAAGGCCGUCUGGACCAGAUGCUCAGGUGCCUGCAGACCCCCUUGGACAAACUCCCCAUGGAAAAUUGCCAGAGGCUGACGCAUUCAGACCUGACACCCCUGUUCCAGUGCCCGAACCUCAGGCAGCUGAAGUCCCUGCAUCUGUUUCGCCUCAGCCUCGCGGAUUUUAGUCCCGAGUCCCUCCGAGCUCUGCUGGAGGCAGUGGCACCCACCCUCCAGGACCUGGGCCUGGAUAACUGUGGGAUGGUGGACUCCCAAGUCCAGGCCAUCCUGCCUGUCCUGAGCCAUUGUCACCAGCUCAGGGAGUUCACCAUCUCUGAGAACAACUUCUCCGUGGCCACCGUGGAGAAGCUGCUACACCACACAGCCGGGCUGCGCAGUUUAGAGUUCGAGCUAUCCGGGCUGAGCUCAUGGGGAUACUGA